ACAUUCUUGUGCCAGCAUUUUGCCAACAAAAGCCCUUGACAGUGCUAAUGUAUGGCUUCAGCAUGUGCAUUGCAGAGUAUAGAUCUACUGUUGAUAUAUGAAUUUCAUGUUAGAGCUAGAGCUAUAGCAUCAGUUAAUAGUACAUCCUAAAAGCUUUGUGUUGAUAAUUAUUUUGUCAAGCUGACAAUGGGCUCCAGGAUCAGUCAGUCGAGUGGACACACAGGAUCAGAAACCAACAGAAACUCCUUUUUUGCGGUUAACCUUUAUCGCUCGUUCAGACAGACUGUGGAAAGAAGGAGACAAAGGUCACGAUUAGGACAUGGACAGCCUCUUACUCAGAGGAAGCGAAGUUCUAUGAACCGACCUGUUCUAAGGCUGCAAGUAAAAUCGGACACUCUGGAAAGACAUAAAAAGAAGAUGUCCGGACUUCACCUCAUUUCAAAGGAGAAAUUGGAGACACUAGCUAGAGAGUCUGGAAUGUAUGAGAAUAUUUUCCCCACCAGCCCCCCACCAUUCACGAGGAACCACAGCAGGGGCCAGAAUCACUUUCGUCAAUCCACGGCGUCGCGUGAAUCAAUGGUCAUCAUUCAGUUUGUUGAUGAUGGGCCAAUCAACUUGGCAGACGGUGGUAAACAUGAAAACGAUUAUGACAGAUUGUUGCCUAGGGGAGAUUUUGAUCACCUUUGUACCCUACAAUACGGCAGAGUGAAUUCUAAUAUCAGCUCCAGCACCACACAAGUUGAGGACAGUGACGACCACUUGACCACUGUCAACAUAGGUAGACGCAACUCCCAGCCCUCUCGAGUGGACGAGUCACUUAAGAUGGAGCAGCUGAGGGAGAGAAUCAUUGAGCACCUUGAACCGUACGAAUCUGACCCUUUAUUUCAGCGCUCCAACUCAAUGAGUGCUCUCUCCUCACUCAGAAUCAACGACAACCACAUGAGGAGGCAUCAAAGCACUGGUCACCUUGAGAAUGACCUUGGUGAUUGGAGUCUAGGGGAGUCCAUCAUGAGGACACUGUCCAAAGGAAACAUUUUACUCUUUGACAUCAACAAUCCACAACAUGAAAGUGAAAAGGAAGUGAAUCGUGCUUGGCCUGGUCUGCAGCAGAAGCUUGCAAAAUGGCGUCAAUCCCAAGAAAGUUUGAACAAUCUAGAACAUGACUCUGAUGGUGAAAUGUUCUCUAAUAGUGGGCGUGUAUCCACCCCUCCUAUUAGCAGUCCGUCAAAGGUGUGCCUUCCAAGAAAAUCUUCUAAGGAGCACCUAGUGUAGUCAGUCACUUUUACCAACUAUUUUUACCAGCCGCUGCCACUAUAAGUUAAUUGUUUACAAGUGUAAUUUUAUGUAUGCAAGUCUGUGUUUAUCAAUUUGAC